AUGGCGACGAUUGGAACUCUCCAGCGCAUCAGUGCUGCCAAACUCUCCGCGCUACUCUUGGCAGAACAGGCUGCAGGCACUUCGUCUGUGGCCGUCGUGGACGUUCGCGAGGAUGACUACCUCGGCGGUCAUAUAAAAGGCUGUAUAAACAUGCCCUCCAGAAGUCUCGAUGCCACAAUGCCCACCCUCAUGCGCCGCCUCGAAGGCAAGAAGACGGUCGUAUUCCACUGCGCUCUGUCGCAGCAACGCGGACCCAGUGCUGCCCUUCGAUAUCUCCGAGAGCGUGAUCAGAAUCUCGCCUCUAAUACUACUGCUACUGACUCGGCGGGAGACUCGGCAUCUGCGGAGCCCCAGACAGUAUACGUUCUCGAUCGCGGAUUCGUCGGCUGGCAGGAAAAGUACGGCGAGGACGAACGAUUGACCGAGGGAUAUAGCAAGGAACUCUGGAAAGAUGGUUACUGGAUGUAA